UCACUCGAAUGGACACAAAUCCCCACAACAAAUUUAAAUGCAAAGUAUAAAUUUCGAGAUGUAUGGUUUCGAAUAGAAGCUCGGCUGUCCUAAACAUGGGACUUAUCUAGAAGGAUAUGAAACCGAAUAUCUUAUUGACUUCUUUACUUUCUUCUGUCAUAUUUUAUAAUGCCGUAAUCUCCGGAAGAAUAUUGCAUGGGAGUGAUAAAGGUACCUUGAGGAGUUAUUCAGGAUCGAUUGGAAAGAAAUAUGGUCACCCAAAAACUGGCGAUAAAAUUACCUCAAAGAGGACAUCAAGGAAGUUACCUGCGGCGGGAAGUUUGUUAAGACCCGAGUCCUUGCCUAAAGCAGCACAAAGUAAUGAUGUAGGAAAAAAUAAAGGGAAAAGAUAUGGGUGCUGUAUUUGUCAUGGUUGUCAGCCUUGUGUUGGCGGCUGUAUGCAAAAUUGCGACUGUUGUCACCAUGAGUGCGAUGAAGGCUGUUGGUGUCCUAUACCGGGUGCUGAGGAAGCCCCCAAAAAGAAGCCCGCAGAGGAGCCAUGUUGUUGUCCUUGUUGUUGCCCAUGUUGCCCUGUUCCAAGUUGUCAGCAUUGUUGUCAUCAUAUUCAUCAUCACCAUCAUCAUUGCUGCCCUUGCUGUCCUUGCUGCCACUGCUGCCAUUGUUGUCACUGUUGCCCAUGCUGCUGCCACUGUUGCCACUGUAAGCGAUCUCAAGGGCCCCUGUCAACAACAUUCUUCAGAAGACCUCUCUUCUUGUAUCUGAUUACUCCCUAUCCUUCUAUCAGUGGACUUUAUGAUAAAAACGCAAGGUCGCUGUUACAACAUGGGCCUUUACGUGUUCACUAAGCCGGUAGAUGGCUCGAUAACAGCAUUUUGAUGGUUGAUAAUUAGAAUGGUAUGAGCAGUAGGUUUAGUUAUUCGUGCAUGGUUACCUUCAGGUUUACAUCGUCGCGUUCCUCAAGAUGCACCGUUCUACUAAAGUGAUGCAGAAGCAUGUUAAUUGAGCCUUAAACUACCCGAACUUGGCACAUAUCUAAUUAUCGACUCGACGUGAUAAUAUGAGAUCAACCAUCGUACAUUUUCUUCCCCGUGUAGAUUGGGCUCGCUGGCGUAGUGAAAUGGUCCUUUUCAGGGGGCAAGUUGAUAAAUUACAUGUAAAAAAUCAAUAAUACGGUUCCGA